AUGCCGGUAUCUAUAUCCUCAUCCGAUGAGGUGGUGGAGGGGGAGGAAACAAAAUUAAAGAAAUUAAAUAAUAAUUAUAAAUCGGAAACAACAGCUGAGGUGUAUAAACACCCGGAUACCCCUGCAGCUGCAUAUUAUGAACUUCUUGGAGUAUCGCCAGAUGCAUCUGCAGCGGAGAUAAGAAAGGCGUAUUAUUCGCUAUGCAGACGCUUCCAUCCAGACAAGUGUUCUGGAGGAGUAGAAGAGUUACAUAAAGUACAAGAAGCUUUUGCUGUUUUGUCUGACCAAACACAACGAAUAAUUAUUGACAUAAAAACAAAAAAAACAACAAAAGAAGAAAAACAACAAAAGAUACUUGAGCUGGAGAAACUCCAACGACUCCGCGCGUCGCGAGAUAUUCAAAAUAUGCAAAUCGAAUAUACAAAUAAGAUUGAACGAGAGAAAUCUGCAAAUGGCAUGAUUGAGAAGCAGCACCUCGAAGGCCCUUACAUCGAUGUGGCUAUUCCUCUACAAUGCCAAAUCGACAACUCGCGUUUUGUCUUCGGUGGCGGCGCGUCUUCUUCCUUUGAGCAACUGCCAGGGUUUUAUAAUCCAGCUCCUCUUAUGAGCGGAGGCGAUAUUUCUCUUUACGUUCUCUAUACCUUCCGGGGCCAACUUCACGAGGUUACUGUUUCCGACUGUUCGCGUUUGGCCAUUCCUCUGCGGUGUGUUUGCUGCACGGCCCUCCUUCUCUACCUCUUCCCGCUGCAGCAGCUGCAGCAACAACUGCAGCAGCAGCUGCAGCAGCAGCAACGCUUAAUAGGCUCUGCUGCUGCUGCUGCCGUCUCAUCUGUUGCUGCCGUCUUUUCUCGUGUCACGUCACGGCACAGGCGUACAGCCAGGAACCGCCACGAAGAAUAA